CUUACAAUGGAGCUGUUUCGCGUUUUCUUAAUGAUUGGAUUUCUUGCUAUUAUUGAUGGAACAGAAAACCCAGUGAGCCCUUCCUACCUGAUCUCCGUCUCCAAAAUGAUUCGUUCUGGUGUUCCAACUACAGUAUCCGUCACCAUCCUCAUCAAAUCAUCGGUCUUAGUUAAAUCUGAGAUAAUUCACAGGAACAGCAGCCUGGCUCAAGCUCAGAGCAUCAUCGAAGGAGGAUCCACAAAACGCCAAGUGUUGCCUCCUAUCCCUGAGAAUAAUUCCAGCUACUUGUCCCCCUAUAAGCUGGUUGUAAAGGGUUAUAUUGGACAGACUUUGGUCUUCUCUAAUUCCACUACUCUGCUGUACAGCACUAGGAGUGUGUCUAUCCUGCUACAGACUGACAAACCCCGAUACAAACCAGGCCAAGAUGUGAAAUUCCGGGCUCUGGUCAUAUCCCCUGAUGGGAAACCGUGUAGCAAACAGAUAGACAUCAGCAUAAUGGAUCCACGGGGGAAUCUGAUCCGUCAGUGGCUGGCUGUUGGCACUGUACUCGGAGAGACGGCUAAAGAGUUUCAGCUCUCUCAGAACCCUCCUCUGGGGGCAUGGAAAAUCAUAGCUACAGUCAACGAAGUCACUCAGGAAAAGGUCUUCAGUGUCAGUCAUUACGUGUUGCCUAAAUUUGAGGUUCUGCUCGAUGCUCCUGAUGUUGUUUACUAUGAAGAGACCCUGACAUACUCUGUUACUGCACAAUAUCUUUAUGGAAAGCCAGUUGCUGGGAACAUGUCAGUAAUGUAUGUUCAUGCCUUCCAAGGUACAUUGUAUGAAGACUGGAACCUGAUUGAUGGAAAAGCUGAAUUAAGCUUUGAUGUUUCCUCGCUGUAUCAGAAGUCAGAAGAAUACACAGACCAGUUUUAUGCAGGAUUGGAUGCUCGUGACUACAUCGACAUUAACGUGCAGGUCACAGAACUGCUGACAGGAGUUACAUACAACAACUCUGUUCGGGUUUCUGUUGAGAUGUAUAGUUAUAACCUGGAGUUUCAGCAAUAUCCGUCCACCAUCAAGCCGUCUCUGAACUUCUCUGCCCAGCUAAAACUGUCCACCUAUAACAACAGUCCGCUGACUGCAGAGGACCAGAGUCGGAGUGUGACUCUCACUGUUAGUCAGGAGCCUCUCAGUCCAUGGAUGUUUCCAUGGAAAAAUUCACCAAAAGCCAGGACCUGGGAUUUUAUAAACACGUCUUUUCUUUAUCCUGAACAAAAUAUUUCAGCAAAAGUCUUAAAACUUCCCGUUCCUGCCGAUGGCAUCAUCCCCUUCCAGAUCGAGCUCUCUGAAAGCGUGUCUACAUUAACAAUAGAGGCCCAGUAUGAAGAUGUUCACAAGCGUCUACAGCUGUACAGAAGAUACUCUUCUCCUUCUAGAUCUUACAUACAGCUGAGAAGUAGAAGUCACUUUCAGAUUGGGCAACCGUUCUCCAUGACUGUGGAAAGUAAUUUCCCCUUAACUCAAUUCCAUUACAUGGUGAUAGCAAAAGGCCAGGUGGUGGCUGCUAGGUCUCUGAAUUCCUCAUACUUCUCUCUGUCUCCUGACCCAUCGUGGGUUCCUCUGGCAAAAGUACUGGUUUACUGCGUCCUUUCAGGUGGAGAGAUCGUCAACGAUGUGUUGGAUGUUUCCUUUACAAAAAUCCUACAAAAUCAUGUGUCUGUAAGCUGGGCAAAAGAACAAGCAGAGCCGGCGGAGCAAGUGUCUCUGUCCGUGUCUGUAGCUGAGCUGGGAUCACUGGUGGGAAUCCUGGUAGCAGACAAAGCGAGCUUGGACUCAGACCGGAGCAAUGAUUUUACAGAAAAGAGGGUAAUAGAGGAACUGGCUACUUACACUACAGAUGUGUCUCUGAUGGAUGUAAUGGAAAUUAGCUGCCCGUACUCUGUCUUCAUGGUGAGUGGCAUCACAGUCCUCACUGAUGCCAGCUUAAACCCAGAAAACAUCUACGCCAAGCCUGAGUUUUCAGGAGACAGACCAGUGAUGAUGACUUCAGAGCAGACAGACCAGGAACCUCAUCAGCGUAGGAAUUUCCCCGAAACGUGGCUGUGGCUUGACACCAACAUGAGUGACUCUACAACAGCAGAAUUCACUCUCACUGUACCAGACAGCAUGACCUCGUGGGUGGCCACAGCCUUCGUCAUGUCAGAGAAUCUGGGUUUGGGGCUCAGCGCUCCUGCAGAGCUGCGUGUAUCCAAAGACUUCUUCGUGUCGUUGAAUCUCCCGGCUUAUCUGAUCCGAGGUGAGCUCUUGCUCCUGGAGGUCAGCCUUUUCAACUACAUGGAUAUGGACCUGGAGGUGCUACUGACAGUGGAUGAGAGCAGUAUGUUUGAGUUUGUGACCUCGGCUGCUGAUCAGUUAGCAGGCGUGCGUCAUGUGUCUGUAGGGAGGCAGAACACCGCCAUGGCGAUGUUUGCCAUCAGAGCCACUCAGCUCGGUCAGAUGCUCAUCUCCAUCAGGGCCAUGAGCUUCUUGGUCUCGGAUAUAGUCUCUCAGACUAUCUUAGUGAAGCCAGAGGGGAGGGAACAGUCGUUCACUCAGACACUCUUCCUAGAGUUUGACCCAAUGAAGACGUCCCUGUCCAGAGAGGUGGAGUUUCAUUUCCCUUCAUCGGCUGUUCCAGGCAGUCUGAGAGCCCAGGUCACUGCGGUCGGUGACAUUUUGGGGCCAUCUAUCAGUGGUCUGGAGUCGCUGAUUCAGAUGCCGUACGGCUGUGGUGAGCAGAACAUGAUCCACUUUGCACCGAAUGUGUAUGUGCUGCAGUACCUGAGCAGGUCGGGCCGCACAGAUGAGGAAAUACGCACUAAAGCUCUGAGCUACAUGACACAAGGCUACGAGCGUGAGUUAUCAUAUCAGAGGAUGGACGGCUCUUUCAGUGCUUUUGGAGACAGUGACUCUUCUGGUAGUACGUGGUUGUCAGCAUUUGUGCUGAGGUGUUUCCUCCAGGCUCAAGAGUUCAUCUUCAUCGAUAAAGCGAUCCUGCUCAGGACAACAAGCUGGCUGCUGGAUCAGCAGCAGAACGACGGUUCCUUCGCAGAGCCUGGCCGUGUUAUUCACACCGAGCUGCAGGGAGGAUUAGACGGACCAGUGUCUCUUACUGCGUAUGUCCUCAUGGCUCUUCUCGAGGACACGGAGUACAAGCAUACCUAUGACAAUGAGGUAUCUGCUGCCAUGAACUUUCUGACCUCCAAACUGCGCCAAGGCAUCUCCAGUAACUACAGCCUGUGCCUGGUGACUUACGCACUGUCUCUGGCUAAAAGUCCAUCAGCGGCCAUUGCUCUCACUGAGCUGAUGAAAAGAGCCCAGAUACAUGACGGUGUGCCCAUGUGGAGCAGUGGAGGAAGCAGCGUGUCAGAGUCAUGGCAGCCACGCUCAGCUGAUAUCGAGAUGGCAUCUUACGCUCUGCUCUCUCUGUACAUGCUGGGCAGUGUGGAAUAUGCCCUCAGUCUCAUGAAGUGGCUUAGCCAGCAGAGGAACCACCUUGGAGGAUAUGGCUCCACACAGGACACAGUGAUCGCUCUGCAGGCUCUAUCAGCUUUUGCCUCACUGAGCAACACAAUGGAUAUCAACCUCAACAUCAAAGUGACGUCAAAGACAGCUACAGUGGCUACGUUCGUGAUAGAACAAAAUAACUACCUGCUCUACCAGAGCCAAGAGAUUGAAGCUGAACAGCAUCUUCAGCUCAACGUGUCAGCUGUGGGAAGAGGAUUUGUGCUGUUCCAGCUUACGACAUUCUACAAUGUAGAGACUCAAGGGCUGUCACGCAGACGUCGCGCUCACACAUGCGAGGCCUUAGACUUGUAUGUACACGUUAUGGACAUCGACAUGUACAGCGUCAACAUUCAUAUAUGUUUCCGGCUGUGUGAGAACCAGGAGCUGAAUCAGACUGGAAUGGCAAUUCUGGACGUUGGCCUACUCACUGGAUUUAGUUUGGCUCAAAGUGGCAUCCCAGUGAACGAGCUGGUUAGAAGAGUGGAGACGUCUCCAGGAAAUGUCAUCCUCUACUUAGACUCGGUAACCAAAAUUGAAGCCUGUGUUGAAAUCCCAACUACUCUGGAGUUUAAAGUGACCAGUGUUCAUGAUGCAGUGGUCACUAUUUAUGACUACUAUGAGCCAAGGAGGAGGGGGAUGACGACGUACACAUCUGAGACCAGAAGAGACACGUCGUAUUGCUUUUUCUGUGGGGAGGACUGCUCUCAGUGUGAAGAUUUGGGGAUCACUGUGUUUGACGGCAGUAUUUCCUCACACCUUCACCAGGGUUUGGUUCAGAGUCUGGCUUUGCUGCUGCUCAUCACCUUCUCACUCUGUUUCUAGAUAAGAUCGGCUGAGAUAUUCUUUUCUAAUAGAAUAAAAAGUUUAUGCUGUGUAGUCAGGACUUUGAAGUACAGUCAUGUAAUUUAAUUAAUGAUGCUAGAAACCUACUUAGAAUGAGUAAAAAAACAACCCCAGAAGCUGGGUGUAUGUAUGCUGAUCAGCAAUAACAUUAAAACCACAUGCCUAAUAUUGCACCAGUCCUCUUUGUGCUGCCAGACACGGUAUUAGUUUCAUGCUGGGGUCUGAUGCUUAUGUGCCUAUUGAUGGGGAUGUGGUAGCUCUGUGAUUAAGGUGCUGGACAACUGAUCAGAAGGUUGUGAGUUUGAAUCCCAGGUCCACCAAGCUGCCACUGCUGGGCUCCUGAGCAAGGCACUUAACCCUCAGUUGUGUAAAUGAGAUAAAAUGUAAGUCACUCUGGAAAAGGGCAUCUGUCAAAAUGCUGUAAAUAUUAAUACAUUAUAGGAUCUCUUGAUGGAGGACAGGGUUCAACAUGGACACAUUUUCAGCAAUUUGUGUUACAGUUGCUCUUCUGUGGGAUCAUACCUUUACUUCCUACAAGCAUCAGCGAGUCAUGACCCUGUCACUGGUUCACCACUUUUCCUUCCUUGGGGCACUUUUGAGAUUCUUGAGUCAAUUCAACAUACUUGCCCGUUUUUCUGUAUAAAUAAAAUCGUUGGUUUAGUUGCUACAUAAAUAGUUUGGUGGUAAUGGAGCAAUAGAGAGAAUUCACCUCA